AUGCACGGAAAGUGGACCGAGGCUGAGGACGUCGCCAUCGUGGCCUUUCGUCUGGGGACGAACCUGGGUUGGGAGGGCAUCAAAGCCAGGUUCGAUGCGUCCUUCCCACAAGCCAGCUGCAAGGACCUCGAGUCCCGCUGGAACAAGUCACUCAGGCCGACACCGUCCCCAGGCGAUCGCAAGAGUAUUGCCGACGCUUUCGACGACUUUCGGCAUUACCGACCGAGCCACAUCGCAGAUGGCAGAGAGAGGAGACUGGUGCUCGCGGUUCUGCGAGUGUUGGCGGACCAUCCAGACGAACGGAUCGUCCCGCCACACCCAGAACUCGAGUCUUCUGGAGAUCAAGGACUCCAGCCAGAGGACGCUGUUCCAAGCUCGCAGCCAUCGGGCUUGCAGAGCGCCCUGCCGACUGACCCUCCCCAGCCGCCAACUGUUCCUGAGCCACCGCAGCCGGCUGUGUUGCCCGACCAGGCCGACCUUGGGGCCUGGUUGACACAGCCCGAUGCACCUUGGGACACUGGGGUUGGCCACCAGCAGGGUUUCGGGAAUGCCGACCCAGAGCAACUCCUGAGGAACAGCGAACUGACAACAGCGCCACUCGAGAACCCGUUGUUCGUUCAGCAGGAUGACCAGCUUCCCGCGCAGACAUAUUCGCCGUACUCGCAGCUACAGCAGCUACAGCAGCUACAGCCAGCCCAGCCAGCCCAGCAGCAGCAGUCACAACCGGAGCACGGGCUAUUCGAUCCCAAUAUCGAUCCCCUGCUCUACGAAUAUCCGUGA